AUGGAGUGACGGCAUACACUGAUCAUGGAGAACACCUCCCUGCACAUGAAUAUUUCAGCAUGGCUAAACAAUUCCUCUCCAGUGUCCUUGCCUGGCUUGGAGUACAGCGAAGGAGAGGUGAUCUUAAUUAGCAUCUUAAUGGUGAUUCUGAUUGUAGGCAUUGUCUUCGGCAAUGUGGUGGUCAUCAGUGCUAUUGUAAAAUUCCAGCGUUUGCAGACGGUCACCAACUACUUCAUCAGCUCCUUGGCCUGCGCAGAUCUGGUUAUGGGCCUCAUGGUAGUGCCAUUUGGUGCAUGCUACAUUCUCUUAAACAAGUGGCACUUCGGAAAAUUCUUUUGCGAGUUUUGGACGGCUACAGAUGUAUUGUGUGUGACCGCUAGCAUCGAGACAUUGUGCGUGAUUGCCCUGGACCGGUAUGUGGCAAUUAUGUGGCCUUUGCGCUAUCAGUCAGUGCUUACGAAGCGGAAGGCCUGUGGGGUGCUCCUAGGGGUGUGGGCAGUGGCAGCCCUCAUUUCUUUCCUGCCCAUCCACAUGCAGUGGUGGGUGUCAGAUGAACCUGAGGCACUGAGCUGCUUGGAGAACCCAACCUGCUGUGACUUCAACACUAAUGCCGCCUAUGCCGUGACCUCCUCCAUCAUCUCCUUUUACAUCCCGCUGGUCAUCAUGGUGUUUGUGUACAGCCGGGUCUUCCAGGAGGCCCGUAGACAGCUUCAGAAAAUUGACCGCACUGAAGGGCACAUACGCACACAGAGCUUCAGCACCCAGGAGGGAAAUGUGGUAAAGAACCGGAAGACCAAGUUCUGCAUGAAGGACCACAAAGCGCUGAAGACUUUAGGAAUGAUCAUGGGAACCUUCACCCUCUGCUGGCUCCCAUUUUUUGUGCUUAACGUGGUGGCAGCCAUUUGGAAGAUGGACAACAUCAUGUUGCCAUUCAGGAUAUUGAACUGGAUCGGCUAUGCCAACUCCGCCUUCAACCCCUUGAUCUACUGCAGGAGUCCUGAGUUUAGAUGUGCAUUUCAGGAGAUCCUGUGCUGAAGAACUUCUCAACUACCUUCCACAAAGAAUAAGAAGUGAUAUAACUAUAGCAGCCACAUCUGGCCAUAAGUCAACAUGAAGACCACCAGACAACGAGAGUCCUCACCAGCUUGCGAAACAGAAAUGGGUGCUGACUGUUUAACUGCAGGUACCAAAAACAAUGUAAAAACCUUAACGUUCAUAAUCCCAGUACGUCAUUUUAAAGCACUAGAGAUCUUUCUGUUUGAGUCCACUUUUGUCUGUGACAAAACAUGGUUUUUAGAUUUUGUAGUCCUUGAACCAAAAACAUUUGCCUAUAUAUACACAGUAUUUAAUAUGUUCUGUUGACAUAUGCUCACACUUUUAUUGACUGAGUCAGAACUACUGAAACUGAAUUAACUUAUGUUUCUGGACAACAAAGAAAAUGUGUGCAAGAAAUCUAAGACAGAGUUGGAAAGGCUAAACAGUCUACCUCUGAAUUACUACCUCGGGACAGUUUUUAAGUCUCAGUCUUCAUGUUUCAGUUUUCAAGCUAAAACCUGCGAGGAUACUUAAUUCAUAAUUAAUCAAAAAAUGCCUCAACUUAAAAACAGAGACUCUGGAUUUAUAAAAUAUUAAAAAUUUGUAAAAUGUGCAUUACAUACUUAAAGAGAGUCAGAGGGUCGUCUCGUACUAGACAGACUUGUUACAUUCCAUUAAGAGCUUUGGCUCUCUGAAAGCCAGGGUCUUCAAUAUCUCUGAGCACUCCUCCAGAGAGAGGAAAUAUAACCUUCUGAUGCGGGACAACAGGUGCACAUUGCUGUCUGUGCUAUAACCAGCUGUUCUUGUUGAAACGAAAAAAGCGAGAGAGACAUGUAGUUCUCUCCAAACACUGCACUUCAACCUUCCCCAUUUCCACUGGAAAACUAUUUUAAGGUUACAGCUGAAGUUUUAUCUAUAAAGGUUCAUAUUUAUAUAAGGUGUGCCACAGGCUGGGUGGCACAAUAAUGAUGGUGUAUUUAACAUGUCACUUUUUGCAAGGAAGAUGCCAAGUUAUUCUCAUUGUUUAACACAAUAUUUAAAAGCUGAGUUUGUAAAUCUUAACAAAAUAAUAACAAAAUAUCUGUAUCUUAAUAAAUGACAAAUGUAUGCUUACAUGCCUACCGCUGAUGUCACUGGCAUGUUCACUCACAUACACAGCCCCCUUCAUCUGUAUGUGUGUACAUAUUUACUAAUACAGUGUAUGUCAUGGGCAAUGGAGAAAGACAUAUUAGACAGCUUAUGUGGCUGUAUACCUUAGUCAGGGUAGCGCCAUAUUUAAUUUUAAGAAUUGUAAAAUAAUUGUGUUACAUAGCAACUAAUGUUAUUAUUAUUUUUAUUUUUUUAGCUUAGAAAAUAUUUUUCAAAAUAAAUAUUGGGUACAAUUUGUUUUAUGUUGUCCUUCUUACAGUGUAAUUAUACAAUUAGGAACUGAGUAAUAUAAUAUUACUGUACUAUAUUACUAUAGGGUUGCAGUUAGAAUCAGGAUUUGGUUUAGGGUUAGUUGCAUGUAAUUAUGCAUUAUUUACUGUUAUUGUUAGAGUAAAUACAGUAUACAUAGUAAACAGUAACCAAAACUUUUAGUACAUAAAAACUUGAUUGAAAGUUGUGAGUUUUGAAUAUUAUGACCUAUACAAUCUAGAACCUUUUAUAUAGUACAGGCUAUUGUGCUAUUGCAAAUAUUUACAGCCUCAUUUUCAUCUACAUAAAAUUCGAUAUGGUGUCUACACUGUUAGAAAGAAAGAAAAUAAAACAUUUUGAUGUUAAUAUACAUAGAUGUUUGAAAUACUCAGAAAAUGUGUGUGUACCUGGUACUCCCUACAUUAUGGGAACCAAAUGUCCACACAAUGAUAGUAAUAUGAGUAAAUUUUGAUCUUGUGUGUAUUUUUCUUUUCUUUUCUUUUCUUUUCUUUUCUUUUCUUUUCUUUUCUUUUCUUUUCUUUUCUUUUCUUUUCUUUUCUUUUCUUUUCUUUUCUUUUUGUUUGUGUGUAAGGGGUAUGUUUAGGGUAAGGUGGUAGAAAAUGCACUGUGUAGGAAAUACUAUGGAAUGUGUGUGUUAAUGUGUGUAAACUAUAAAAACAAUUAUGGAAAUAUCAAUUAUAUAAAUGUAAAAAAUAUUAUACUUUACAAUAAUUUAUAAUUAAUCAAAU